UUUGAACUUCCUUGUGACAACUUCCAAUGUACGUUUUGGUUGACACUGAAAAAUUAUCAGCGGAUCUAGGCGAAUAGUCGUGGUUUUUGCGUCUCGUGUUCGUUUGGGCCUCCAGCGUCUUCUCUUUUCUCGCCCGAUUGGAACAAAAAAAGCGUAGAAAACUGUGCGAAUGGUGCGCGUUUUCGAAACGUGUUCAACAACAGAACGCGGUAAAGUUUGUGCAUGAGUUGAACGCUGGUUGCGGAUAAGGAGAGGCGAAGGGAAGGCCUGUGAAGCCUUGGCUUUUUCUUGUGCUAGUCAUGGCCGGAAAUUUUGAUUCAGAAGACCGAGGGAGCUGGUAUUGGGGAAGAUUAAGCCGGCAGGAGGCAGUUUCGCUGCUCCAGGGACAGAGGCACGGGGUGUUCCUGGUGCGGGACUCGAUCACCAUUCCCGGGGACUACGUGCUGUCUGUUUCGGAGAACUCCAAAGUCUCUCAUUACAUAAUAAACAGCAUCAGCAGCAGCAAUCGCCAGUCCGGACCAGGACUUGCUCCUCUGUUCCGCAUUGGAGAUCAGGAAUUCGAUGCCUUGCCUGCCCUGUUGGAGUUCUACAAGAUCCAUUACCUGGAUACCACCACUCUUAUAGAGCCCAUCAACAAAUCCAAGCACUCUUCCUUUGUCAGUGUCAAUGCAGGAACAGGAGCAGCUCCCCAGAGGCUGGAAGAGGAGUAUGUCCGUGCCCUGUUUGACUUCCCAGGCAAUGACGACGAGGACCUUCCCUUUCGAAAGGGUGAUGUUCUUCGAGUCCUGGAGAAGCCAGAGGAGCAGUGGUGGAAUGCUCAGAAUUCAGAAGGCCGUGUCGGGAUGAUCCCGGUGCCCUAUGUGGAGAAGUACCGGCCAGCCUCACCAACAUCAGGGGCUCCUGGAAGUGGAUCUGUUGGAGGACCCGGUACUCAUGGCAACUCUGAUGGCCACAGUUCUCAGUCCCCUCCUCUGCUUGGCGAGCCAGGCCAGUACGCUCAGCCCACAUCCUUACCCAACCUUCAGAAUGGUCCAGUCUUUGCCAGGGCGAUUCAGAAGAGAGUUCCCAAUGCCUAUGACAAGACUGCUCUUGCUUUAGAGGUUGGCGACAUGGUGAAGGUGACCAAGAUCAAUGUAAACGGGCAGUGGGAGGGGGAGUGCAAGGGAAAGCAUGGCCAUUUUCCCUUUACCCACGUCCGCUUGCUGGACCAGCACAAUCCAGAAGAUGAACUGAGCUGAGAGAGCAGACUGUCUUCCCUCACAGGCCUUAGAUGUACACACACUCUGGCUCCUCAAACAUCCUCACAACUGCCCCUCCGCCAGCUCCUUUUCCGGCCCACCUUUGUCAUUACCUUGUGCCAUUGUGUCAGUCAUGCCAAAAUGCACAGUAUCUGCAACAAUUUCCUUGUUAGAUUUUAUGCAAUAAUUGAAGAUAUUUGCUGAGUAAAUGCUAAAUUCCACAUUCAACUCCAUACACUACAAAGAGAGGAGUGUUAGUGUGUGUUCUCUUGUGAACUGAUAAAAAUAAGAGGAGAUGCCUGCUUGGACUUAAGACUUGAGAAGAUUGGUGUCUUAACAAGGGACUGUUCCUUUGCUUCUUUGAAUACGGUAGCUUACACUACUUAUAGUGUUCUAGAACACAACGGCAUUCACAAGGAUUGAAAAUAAGCCCUCUUCCACACUACAAAUCGUAUACUACAUGAAAAUAUUGCAGAUCAAACAUGCUAAAGUUUACCAUUCCAAUCAGUACAGUCUUCUUGAUAGGAUUGUCAUUACUGGCUCACCGCUGGCUAACUGUAUCAUGAAGCGGUUCCUUCUGCGGCGGUACACUAAAAAAUAGAGGCUGAGCAGCCGGAGCCUUCACAGCAUCUAGUUUUAUUUAUGCACAACACUUCUAAUGUAAACAGGAUGGACCACUUGUAAGUUAAACACGGUCUGUAAUGCAUCAUUAUUAAGUACCGCAAAGUAACUUGAGUUUUACUAUUUUUUCAUUAACUAUAAUCAGGAAAUGCUACUUGCUCAUUUCACCAUUAUCGCUGUUCUUGGCAGUAUCACACUAAAUGCAGAUUUGUUGAAUGUGUAACCCUAAUUUCUUAUGCUAGUCUCAGCUGUUGAUCUCCACAAAAAGUCAACUUUCUUAAACAGUUUAACUAAUGUAGUUUUGCAAAAAUAUCCCUUGCCCAGGUUAAAUAUACAAUAAGUGGUUCCAUUUAGUGACUUGCUGUUGAGCCACAAAAAACUGCUGUUAGAUAUUGAUAUUUUAAGAAGUGUCACAUUAAUGUGAGAAGCCUAACCUGAUGCCUCAAAUGUAUCCUGCUCAAAACUGACUUUGCACAAACAAGUAGCCUUUAUUUACAAUUAGCUUAAUGUAUCUGUAACCUGACUAGUGAUUUUGGUUUUGUUUAAGCAUCAACCUCCAUCAUACCUAUAUUUCUGUACUGACAUAGAUUGAGAUAUUGCGAUAGGACAUUUUCUCUUGAAAUGGCCAAAUAUGUAUGUACCAAGUCAAAUGCAGAUGUUGUUUUCCUUAUUAGCUGCCUGCCUUAAUUGCAAAUUGUUGGCAAUGACCAAAUCGGCAAAGUUUUUAGCCUAACUAGUUAAAAAAUACAAAAGAUAACCUUUGUAACCUGCAUCAGUUACUAUUGACCAUAGAGAAUUGAGAACUUGAAUGUCUGUGGACAAAUGUAUUAAUUAAAACACUAAUAGACAGGCUACCAGAACACUAUGAAACAUUAAUGUUUUUACCCAUUACCUUAAUUUGUUGCUGCUUUUUAAAAAGUAGACUAACUUUGUUCUGUAACAAUGACAAUCACCUGGAAAUUCUUGCUUUUGUUAUGUCACACCUAAAUGUUAGAAAGCUAUGUUGUGUAUGUGUUUAGGUUAGCUAUAUGUUGUCAUGAUGUGACAGCAAGCCAGCCAUGUUAUGUAAUUCUCACCUAAGUCGUAAUUAUGAAGGACAUUGAUGUUCAUUACCUGUUUUAUCUGUCUAAGCCUCUACUAUGUUUCAGUCAGAAUUGUCCAUUUUCAAAUUAGAACACUAAAAUCAGUCGUAAAGCUGGUAUUGGAGUCUUUCAAGUAUGUAACUCUCGCCAAUGACCUGUUAGACUGAGCAUCACUUUGAACUAUGACUAGGUUGACUGAGAAAUCACAAUUUGUGUCUGAACAUUUUAAUUGUAUCCAAAGUAUUGUUUCAUACCUAAAUAUCAACACAGUAAUUUUGUGAAAUUAAUCUUGUGUUAUCCCUUACGUGCAUCCAAGUCUGUCAGAACAGUGUUUAAGCCACACGAAAGGAAAAAAAAAAACUAUGUUUUUGUUAGUUUUAUUCCUGUACAUGAAAUAAAGUUGACCCCUAUAGUAA